AUGGAAGAGCCAAAAAAUGAAGUGACGCUUGGGGUUCGUCUGGCGACACGUUACGUGCCGAACCAAGUCCUCCCCUCCACCCUCUCGUGGGGUUUCUUUAUGGGCGUCGAGGAUUUUAUGCGACUGGAGAGGUGCUUUGCGGAGCGGAGCAUCACACACGAUGGAGACCCCGCCAUCACGAAGGAGUGGCUUGUUCACUACAUGAUGCAGUUUCUUGGGGAUCAUCUCAAUUUGCCCGCCAGUGGCGUAGGGACUGAGGAGGCGACUGUGUGUGGAGUGCAGCUGCUGGAUGAGGAAAAGAUGCAAUUUUAUAAGGAGGAAGUGUUGCGGUGGGCCAGCUCUUUCUCCAUUGGGGUUUCUGUACAUGACCCGCUAUGGGAUGCCUGUGAGGUAAGUAAUGCGGAGCUAGCACGAGCAGAACACAGUAUGAACAGCAGUACAUAUGCCAGUUCGUUCAAUAAGGGGGCUUCAAGUAGCAAUAAGAGUGGUGGCUAUUCUGCUACUACCACCGCCAGUAGUCAUGAGGGCGCCCCGCGAGGAGGGCGCUUUGGACGAACUCGGUCGGUCGUCCGCAUGCUGUUGAGAUACAAUCGACCGGCCGGGCAUGCACAGACUCAGAGGAAGGAACCAGCGCGACACGAGAUUGUGCGAUGGAGCGACUUGACAACAAAUUUAGUGAGGGACUAUGAGCGCUUUCAUCAAGUGGACGAGAAGGAGUUGUCCUUCACCCGAGUACGAACGGAAUUAACAUCUGGAAAUUCCUCACUUCUCCGCUCUGUGGCCGGUAAAGAUGGUCUUGAUGCGGAUUGGUCAAGGGUGACGGAGGGCCGAGGGGACACGGAAACGGAUGUGUUCACUGGAAGUGAGUUGCAUGCGCAGUCUGCUGAUCACAUAUUGGUGUCCACCGUGACGGGCUGCGUCGUCACUGCCAGCAAAGACGGUGUUGUGAAACUGUGGAAUGGGAAAACAGGCAUAUUUAUGCGUAAUCUCUAUAAUGCAGGAAACGCAUGGGUGAUUGGGAUGUUUUUGCUGCACGAUGAGGACUAUAUUCUUAUCGCGACGACAAAAAGUCAAUUGACAGUGCUGGACUUCCCAGAGGGCAACGUUCUCCAGAAGUAUGUUGGAUGCAUCUCACUGCAGACGGCACUCUAUGAGGUUGUGCAGUUGUCCGCCAACAACAUUCAGCGCUAUGGGAUGAAGCCCGGUGAGUGCGGUAGACAUCGUGUGGAGUUGCGCAAGGAUGAAACCGCGGAGCACUAUCACGCCCGUCGUCGUGAGUCACAAAAUUGUGUCUUUUCAAAAGUUCUUCCUGCAAAGCCUGUGGUGGGUUUUGACGCACCGACGGCGUCUUGGUUUGACAAGUAUUCUGGUAUUUUUUUUUUUGGUACAGCAACCGGCGCCGUUGGGGCCUUUGAUAUUUCCGCGGAUGUGCGCCCGAGCGCACUGCUGGCCGGGGCGAACAGCAAACCUGUGUGCCUGCUCUUCCUGACGGAGGUCCAUGCGGGGGCGGUGGUGGGCGUAUUCUACACCUCCUACGUCACAUCCGUCUUUACGGCGGGAGCAGAUGGUUGUAUUUACCGCACCCCGCUCGGUCCGACAGGAAAGCCUUCCGGGGAGUCACGACUUGUCGCCCAGCAGGCAAGAGCCAUCCGCUCGAUGCAGUGGUGGCCGCCGUCCAAGUUUUACGUCACGAUUCACGUGGACCGUCGUGUCGUCUUGUGGGUGAUAGGGCGUUACGGCGAUCCUCUGCACCAGUUUCCAUCCGAGACGCAGGAGGUGGUCAGUGCGGCGCUGCACCCACGGCGACAGCGGCUUGCAGUGCUGCUUUCCGAUAAAACCAUCAAGGUGUACGAGACCCAUGGCAAUAAGUCACUUGCCACCAUUGCCCAGCCAACACCAGACUCGAACUUCACUGCGACUGAUGCAACACGGCAGAUGAUGGAACGUUCUGCCGUUGAUGAAGACGGUGUUGUGGCGUGGCAUCCAUAUAAUUCUUCUAUCAUUUGUUGUCUCCGGGCGACAGUCGUUUACGAACCGUCAAAAAAUCAGCUUCAGACAGAGUCUGUUGGCGAGACAGAGAUUAAUUUCCCUGAGGACGAGCGCGGGGCAUUCAGCAAUAGAGAUGUCCGUGACAUUGCGGAGGACGUCAAACCGAAGCAAAGGAAUCUGAGCGCAGUGGGUGUUGUAGAAUCACGGCGUGUGGAGUCUCACCGCAGCGGUGUCGUGGCAAUGGCUGUGCAAAGGCAAGCAUUGCGUUUACACACAUUUGAUGAGGAAGGUUGGCGGAUGUGGGACUUAGAUACAGGUGUAAUUAUCCGGCAAGUGAACGUUCCCCGGGUAGCGCGUAUGGAACAUAUGCCUUUGAAAAGAGCCACCGUUGCGUCCUGUUCUUGGACGACGAGCCUACAAGUACGGCUAGUGACAGGAGGUCAGGAUGCAUCAAUCCUGACAUGGGAUCCGGUUACCUGUCUCCCUCUCGCGGCGGAGAUGCUGGUUCAUGACGUUUCAGAGCAAUUGGACUCGGAUGUAAACUUGAUGUCGCAUCGAAAUAAAUUGAUUGCGUGGAGUGCACGUUUAUGCCGUAUCACAACGUUCAAUACGGGCUCGAUCCUCCCUAGUGGAAUUGAGGAGAGUAAAUCUGUUCUCCUGCGUGUGCCAUCCCUGGCCUCUAUAACCGCUUGCUGUGUCGUGCGGGAUGCGUACCUUUGUGUGGGCACAGGUGACGCAAGGAUAUUUUUCUUUAGCCUUCGGGGUGGGGCGCCUACCCACGACUGUGUCCUGCGAGAAAAGACGGAGGAGGGAAAAGGCGCUGUUGUACAUCUCAUCUUCUUGAAUGAACAAAACCAAAACCUCCUCCUUGUCAUUCUUGACAUUGGCAUUCUUUUUGUGUACUCCUAUGUUAAGCAGGCUGUCGUGUACCGCAUUUGCCUGGGGCGGCGCUUUGAAUGUCGUAUCCGCAAGGCGUUAUACAUACCGGAGGAUGGUACGGUUGUGUAUGGCGACUCGUUGGGUCGCAUUCGUGUCGUUGACGUGCGAGGCUGCACAUCCCUCUCGGUAGAAUUCC